GCAUAAGUUAAUCAAGCCUAGUUGGGCAUAAAGUAAAUAUUUUUACCCUGCAUAACUCGUAUUUCAUAUCCUUUCCAUCUUAUCGGUGGAUGAGGAGUAGGGGCAGCGGUCGAAAUCGAUCGAGAUCUAAAUCAAAAUGGAAAGUUCAACCGCUUUUUUCUAGAAUAGGUGGAAGACUCAAUGAAUUUUAAUUGGAAAGCUGCACCGUGAUGGCGGCCGAGGUUGAGACCGCUGUGCAGCCGACGAAGGACCUCGGCGAAGAUGAGCAGGAGGAGGGGGAUGUCAUAGAGGCCACAGAAGGCGACACCACUCAGGCCAGAAGCAAGAAGAAACGCAAGAAGAAAAACAAGGCAGCUGCAGGUGCCGGUGGUGCUGGCGGCUCGGAGGCCGGCGGCGCGGCGACUCAGCUGGCCACUCAGCUGAACGGCCUGGACGUGAAGACCAGCACCGGUCCGGCCGAUGAUGAGGAGGAGGACGAGGAGCCGGCGGCGGGUGGUGAUGCAGCAGGCAAGAAGAAGCGGAAAAGGAAAAAGAAGAACAAGGGUGGCCCGGUGAAGCAGCAGACCGAUCCUCCUUCAAUACCCGUCGUUGAAAUGUACCCCAAAAAUACCGCGCCCAAAGGUCAGCUGAUGGAGUACCCCGCAGUCCAGGACUCGCGCUCGGCGCGGGACCGGUUCACAUCUGAGGAGGCCAAAGCCAGGGACACUGCCUACGAGGAGAUUCACACCGAGCUGCGUAUCGGCGCCGAGGCACACAGACAGACAAGGCAGUAUAUGCAGAAAUGGAUCAAGCCAGGGAUGACCAUGAUCGAAAUCUGCGAGAAACUCGAGAGUAUCGGCCGGGCCACGAUCGUCGAGAACGGUCUCAAGUCUGGCCUGGCGUUCCCCACGGGGUGUUCCAUCAACCACUGCGCUGCGCACUACACGCCUAACGCCGGCGACAAGACGGUCCUCCAGUACGACGACGUAUGCAAAAUCGACUUCGGCACACACAUCAACGGUCGCAUCAUCGACUGUGCGUUCACGUUGACGUUCAACCCCAAGUACGACCGGCUGCUGGAUGCCGUCCGGGACGCCACCAACACCGGUAUCAAGUGCGCUGGUAUCGAUGUCCAGCUGUGCGACAUCGGUGAAGCCAUCCAAGAAGUGAUGGAGUCGUACGAGGUUGAACUGGACGGUAAAACGUACCAGGUGAAGUCAAUCCGCAACCUCAACGGCCACUCCAUAUCGCCAUACCGUAUCCACGCCGGUAAGACGGUGCCGAUCGUCAAGGGCGGUGAGAAGGAACGGAUGGAGGAGAACGAGGUUUACGCCAUCGAGACGUUCGGCAGCACCGGCCGCGGCUUCGUCCACGAGGACAUGGAGUGCUCGCACUACAUGAAAAACUUCGACGUCGGCCACGUGCCGCUGAGACUGAACCGGUCAAAGCAACUGCUCAACACCAUCAACCAGAACUUUGGCACCCUGGCGUUCUGCCGGCGCUGGCUGGACCGGCUCGGCGAAACCAAGUACCUCAUGGCGCUCAAAGACCUCUGUGAGAAGGAGAUUGUGCAGGCGUACCCGCCACUGUGUGACGUCAAGGGCAGCUACACGGCCCAGUACGAGCACACCAUCGUGCUGCGACCCACCUGCAAGGAGGUGGUUACUCGCGGGGACGACUACUGAGCGCCGGCGCCGCGCGGCGGCGGCUCAGAGCGACUUUUUUAAUCCCCACUGACGGCGGAGUUUCGCGGGUGUUUUUGCUAACACUGAGACGUUGACGGACGGCGGAUCGUGUGUAUGAUAGACUGGCUGAUUGUGCGCCGGGGGCGGCGCGGCGCGGCUGGUCAGCACUCUGACGUCACGCCGUCGGGGUGCCUGUCAGUUGUCCGAUACCGGCUUGUUGACGUUAAUAAAGAGCUGGUGUUUGGA